AUUUAAUAUAAGCUGAAAUUCUUUAAAUUUUUUUUCUCCUGUAAAUCAUCAUUUCAUCCAAUUAUCACCAUCAUUUUUUUCCACUUGGAAUUUUAAUUCAAACACAGUUCAUUAAUCCAAUCUCAACUCAAAAAAAACUUCUGUUUGUUUUUGUGUGUUCAUCAUUUUACAUUUCAAAAAAUCAUCUUCUUUCAAUCAAAUCAAUAAUCAAAUCAAAUCAUCAAUAAUUAACAAAAUAUGGCCUCAUCAAAGCUCAAAACAUUUUCAUUUAUUCUAUAUGGUGUUGUUACUUUUUUAUUAUUGUGUGCAGUUCUUGUACUAAUAUUUAAAGAUGAUAAAUCAAAUUGUCCAAAACCAAAAUUAUCAAGUGCCGAAUUAUCAAAUUUAUUGGAAGAAAAUGUUAUUAAUGAUACAUUAACAGUAUCAUCAAGUGAACCAAUUGGUAAUAAUAAAAAUCCAUCCGAACCGGUAAAAGAUUAUAAUUUUGUUGGAGAAUAUGAAUUAGUUAGUAGCGAUAAUUUUGAUGAAUUUUUAACCGAAUUGGGUAUUGGUUAUUUUACACGUUUAGCUGCAACAGCAGCAUCAUCACGUUAUUAUAUAACAAAAGAUGGUGAUUCAUAUACAUUAAAAACUGUAUCAACA